GCGGAAGACCAAGUCGGGAGCUGUCCCCUCCGACGGCGAGGAGGGCACGCCCUACGCAGGCUCGCGCCCUCUCAACUGGACGGACGUCGUCAAUGGCACACUGCUUGAGCUCCUCGAUGGCGCCGGGGACUUGCGCGACCUGGAUCUGCAGUGUCUCCUGGCGAACGCCUCCUGCUGCGUGGGGAACGGCUCCUCGCCCGCUGCUUGCAAUUCCACCGCAGACCCUCUGCCGAUCCCGCCGCCCUUCAGCCUUCCCUCCACCAUCUUCAUCGGCGUUUGUUUAUCGCUGUGCAUCAUCAUCACUGUCUUCGGCAACAUCCUGGUGCUGCUGGCCUUCAUCUGCGAGCGCGCCAUCCGCCAGCCCUCCAACUACUUCCUGGCGUCGCUCGCCAUCACGGACCUCCUGAUCGGCAGCGUAUCGAUGCCCUUCUACACCGUGUACGUCCUGAUCGGUUACUGGGACCUCGGGCCCAUCUUAUGCGACCUGUGGCUCUCCGUCGACUACACGGUGUGCCUCGUGUCGCAGUUCACCGUCCUGCUCAUCACAAUUGACCGCUUCUGCUCCGUCAAGAUCGCGGCCAAGUACCGUUCGUGGCGCACCAAGAACCGCGUCAUCAUCAUGAUCGUCGUCACGUGGAUCGUGCCCGCGCUGCUCUUCUUCGUCAGCAUCUUCGGCUGGGAGCACUUCAUCGGCUACCGCGACCUCGGUCCCGGCGAGUGCAUGGUGCAGUUCCUCAAGAACCCGGUGUUCAACACAUCUCUCAUCGUGGCCUACUACUGGAUCCCGCUCGGGGUCCUGUUCGUGCUCUAUGCCGGGAUCUACCAGACGGCCUACGAGAUGUCCAAGAGGUCUCGCGAGAAGAAGAAGCAGGCGCAGGCCUUGAUGAACCUCAACGCCAACGGAGGCGGAGGUGGAGGUGGAGGAGGCAGCCUAACAAUGUCCAAGACGCAGAGCACACUCCUCAGCCAAGACAAGCCGAAGGAGGCGCUCGUGAAGCCGCCGCAGCUCGCCUCAACGGCCACCACAGAGACCACCAGCUUCAUGGAGAUGAAGAAGGACCCCGAGAAGGAGCAGGAGAAGUCCAGCAGUGGCAUCGAGAGCGAGGACGAGAAAAGGGACAGCAGCUCCAGCCUGCCCAAGAUUGAGCCUCCGCCUCUGCCAGCCAACAAGAGGUCCCCGCCGCCAGAGGCGCUGAAGAAGAUCCCCGAGCAGAGCCUCCUGGACGCCGACAACUGCGACCCGCUGCUAGCGCUGCCCGUCAUCCACCCUGUCCCCGCAGACUCCGUGGCCGCCAUCCUGGGCUCCGGCCAGAACUCGGGCGUCCCUAGCGCUUUGUCCUCCCCCUUGGCCGACAUCCCGAUAGUGCCCCCUCCCCCGUCGUCCUCCACGCCCUUCCAGCCCGGCCUCAACCCCCUGGCCGCGUCCACGCCCCUGACGCCUACCACCGCAGCCGCCAUCGAGGCCAUCGCUCCGCCGGCAGCCUUCGCCGACAACCCGCUCUCGCCUCAGAGACCCACCACGUUGGACAUUAAGCCCACCACGCCCACCCUCAGCACCUACGACUGCGUAGUGUCCAUGGACACCAGCGACCUGCGAUUCAUGGACGAGAGUUCGGUGGUCGUACCGUCGCCCGUUGUAGAGAGCCCUCCGUCGUCCUCCUGGACGCACCACGACGCCACGGCGUCCCCAGAGGAUUCGUCCCGCCGAUUGGAUGCGCCCACGGCCGCCCCGUCCCCGUCGGCGACCCUCACGCCCACGCCUGUCCCCUCUAACAACGGCAACGGGUCACUCCGAAAUGGCCUGGACUCCUCCAAUGCCUCGACGCCAAAGCCUGCUUCGCCGCCCUUAAAGAACACUUUAGGCUCGAGCCCGCCCCUCCCGCCUCCGCCCACGCCGGUCAAAGAGGCUGCCAAGCCGGCCGUGGCGGCGAAGAAGGUCCCGACCCCGCCCCUGAGGGACCCCACGACCGCCAUCACCCUGGCGCCGUCCGCCUUGCCCCCGCAGAUAGCGGUGGUGCCGGCGAAGGCUCAGGGCAACAGCGCGCCCGCCAAGCCCGCCAACGGGGGCCCCGUGAGCGCCUCCUGCAGCAGCCCCUUCAAGACGCCCAGAGGCCACAGCGCCGAUGCUGAAGGCUGCCAGGACGAGGACAAGGCCCAGAAUAAGAAGGCCGUGCUGAAGAACCUCGGCAAGAAGAUCCGCUUCAAGAAGAAGAAGAAGGAACAGGAGGAGAAGAAGUCCAAGUCGCAGAACCGCGCCAACAAAGCCCUCAAGACGAUCUCGGUGAUCAUGGGCGCCUUCGUGGCCUGCUGGACGCCCUACCACAUCAUCGCCAUCAUGGAGUCCGUCUGCCUGUGCACCAACGCCCACGUGUACAUGUUCUUCUACUUCCUGUGCUACGCCAACAGCCCCAUCAACCCGUUCUGCUACGCCUUGGCUAACCAGCAGUUCAAGAAGACGUUCACGAGACUUCUGAAGGGAGACUUCCACAUCACUUAA